AUGUUCAUGCAAUCGGAUAUAAUUCCGUUUGGGCCGAAGGAAGGGAGUUUCUGCAUCCUCUCCCUAGAUGCACGAGACAACUUGGCUGUCCUGCCCAGUUAUCAUUGGUUGAUUCGGUGGCUCAUAGGCAGCUUCAGCAAAUAUAAAUCAGAUGAUGAGCCUACCUUCAAAACAUUCGCGCUGAAGAGUGUAUAUACUGAAGUCAAACUUGGAUCACUUCGCUAUCGUGAGGUAAGUGUCUUGUUAAGUGGCUUAUUCACGUCGGAGCCUUAA